GCGGGGGCGGGGCCGCGGGGGCCGCCGGGAGCCGCCGGGCGGAGCCGAGCAGAUCCGGGGUCCCCCACCGGCCAGGAUGGAGGGGCGCGGGGAGGCGUGCGAGCAGGAGGAGGAGGAGGAGGAGGAGGAGGAGGAGGAGGAGGAGGAAGGUGGGGUGCGGAUCACCCCCCAGCUGCUGAAGGCCAGCACCGGGGAGUUCGCCCUGGAGUCCAUCCUGCUGCUGCGGCUGCGGGGCCGCGGCAUCGCCCACCUGGGCUGCCUGGGCGACUGCGCCAACCUGGAGUGGCUGGACCUCUCCGGCAACGCCAUCGCCCAGCUGGGGCCGCUGGCCGCCCUCAAGUCCCUCGCCGUCCUCAACCUCUCCCGCAACCGCGUGGCCAGCCUGGAGCCGCUCGGCUCCUGCCGCAACCUGCAGAGCCUCAACGUGGCCGGUAACCGCGUGAGCAGCCUGCAGCAGCUGCGCUGCCUGACGGGGCUGCGGCGCCUCGAGAGCCUGCGCCUGCGCGACCCCCUCGCCCGCCUCGCCAACCCGCUCUGCGCCGCGCCGGCCUACCGCGCCGCCCUGGCCGACAUGUUCCCCGGCCUCAAAGCCAUCGACGGCGAGCGGGUAUCCGGCCGCGGCAGCGAGCUCUACCAGCUCUGCCGCGAUCUCGACACCUCGCUGGGACGCGGCGCCGGUGGGGCCGGCACCGAACCGCCCGGUGCGGCUCAGCCCUGGGUGGAGGCGGGUUUCUGGGAGCCGCGGCCGCCCCGGCGCAGCUCCAUCAUGGAGGAGGCCUACAAGCAGUUCGGGGAGGUGCUGCAGGAAUGCCGGGAGCUGAGCCGGCGCGCCGACGACACCAUCGCCCAGGCCGAGCGGGCGCUGGGCGGCCGCCCCGACCCCAACUCCUAUGUCUUCUGAGCCGCGAGACCCCCCCCGCCAGGUCCCACGAGAGGAGACCCCCCCCCAGCCCCGGGCCACCACCAUCCAGCCUGGCCUCGCCGGAGGGAUGCCGGAGCAGCCGGGGGGAACCCGGCCUUGCUGAAGGGCUGGGGGGCUGCCUGAGCCCCCGGAGCAGCACCCCACACGGCUGGGGGUGCCCCGGCUGGCCCCCUGGGUGCUCCAUCACCUUGGGGGCUCCGGGGUGGGAAAUGCGGGCUCUGGGAUGGGAAAUGUGGGGUCCUGGAUGGGAAAUGGGAGCUCUGGGAUGGGAAAUGGGGGGUCCUGGAUGGGAAAUGGGAGCUCUGGGAUGGGAAAUGGGGGGUCCUGGAUGGGAAAUGGGAGCUCUGGGAUGGGAAAUGGGGGGUCCUGGAUGGGAAAUGGGAGCUCUGGGAUGGGAAAUGGGGGGUCCUGGAUGGGAAAUGGGAGCUCUGGGAUGGGAAAUGUGGGGUCCUGGAUGGGAAAUGGGAGCUCUGGGAUGGGAAAUGGGGGGUUCUGGAUGGGAGAGGGGGGCGCUGGGAUGGGAAAUGGGAGCUCCAAGAUGGGAAAUGGGGGUCCCUGUCCCCUGCAGAGCUGCAGCAGGAGCAGAGAUUCUCUCAUGCACCUUGGAGCCAUUGCUGAGCUCUCCAGCUUGGAGGAGAGACGGGACAGGGGGAUACUGGGGGGGCACCGUGGGGACGGGGG